UCAGCAGCCAGUGACUUUCAAGGAGGUGCCUGUGUAUUUUCUGGGGCAGUGGGCUCUGCUGGAACCCAGUCAGAGAGCCUUCUACAGGGACGUCAUGCAAGAGAAUUCUGAGACUGUGACCUUGCUGGAGGUCCUCAUUCCCCCCAGCAAAGGGACUGACUCCUGUCUGGAUUCUCUCUGUGUCCCAGCAAGUGAUGGGGCAGUGAGCAAAAAUGAGGAAGAGAAUCUGCAGCAGGAAGGUGCUGAGCGAGUGGAACUACCCAGGAUGUUAUUGCAACAUCCUGAAGGGAACGUUUCCCAAAGCCCGGAGCAGGGGGCUGACCAGUGGAAUCUGCGCCGGUCCCUUAGGCAGAAAGGAAAACAGCCUGUGGAGAAAGAGCUCAGAGAAACCAUCCACCAGGAAAUCCCCACUGGAGAGACAUCAAACACAUGUGGUGAGUGUGGGAAGAACUUCCGGUGGAGAUCAGCCCUUAUUGAUCACCAGAGAAUCCACACAGGAGAGAGGCCCUAUCAGUGUGAUGAAUGUGGGAGAAGCUUCAGCAGGAGUUCGAACCUCGCUACUCAUCAGAGAUUGCACACGGGAGAGCGACCCUACAAAUGCUCUGACUGCGGGAAAGGCUUUAAUCACAGCUCCAAUCUUUCUGCACAUCAAAGAACCCACACGGGAGACCUGCCUUACAAGUGUCCCGAGUGUGGGAAAAGCUACAGUGUGAGCUCCUACCUCCUGAGACAUCAGAAAAUCCACACAGGAGAGAGACCCUAUAAGUGUGAUGAGUGUGAAAAGAGUUUUGGCCAGAGCUCAACCCUUGUUAUCCACAAGAGAGUGCACACAGCAGAGAAGCCCUAUAAAUGCCUUGAGUGUUGGAAAUGUUUCAGGAACAACUCUGAUCUUAUUAGACACCAGAGAACCCACACAGGAGAAAGACCUUAUAAAUGCAGCAAGUGUGGGAAAAGUUUCAAUGAGAGCUCACACCUCACCAGGCAUCAGAAAACCCACACAGGGGAGAAAUCCUAUAAAUGCCUCGAGUGCAAUAAAUGUUUCAAGAACAGCUCCAGGCUCAUUAGACACCAGAGAACCCACAUAGGGGAGAAAUCCUAUAAAUGUCUUGACUGCGAGAAAAGCUUCAAUCGGAGCUCAAAUCUCAUUGUCCAUCAGAGAUCCCAUAUGGAGCAAAAGCCCUACAAGUGCCUGGACUGUGCUAAAACCUUCAGCUGCAGCUCACAGCUGAUCAGGCACCAGAGGAUCCACACAGGAGAGAAACCCUAUAAAUGCCCCGACUGCAGGAAAAGCUUCACUGUGAGCUCACAACUGACUUCCCACCAGAGACUCCACACCGGAGAGAAACCCUAUGGAUGCCCCGAGUGCGGGAAAAGCUUCCGUCACAGCUCAGGACUUGUGUCACAUCAACGGAAACACAAGAAGGAGGGCUGCCCUGUGACUGUCCCUAUCGUGGUGACAGCCCAGACUUUAUUGCAUAUUACAGUGGUGCCCAUGCAAAACAGCAGUGCUUAGGUCCCACGCAGGAGAAAGACACUAUACAUCUGUAGAAUGGGUUGAAACUUUCUCAUGAAAACUAUUUUUGAUGGAAAAUUGUGGGGUUUGAUUUGACCUAUUUUUGUGAAAAGUGUCAAGUGUCUGC